AUGACACUCAACUUUUCAUGUGUCAGGCCUGUAUUUUAUCCUCUCUCUCUCUCUACUACUACUACCACUACUAUAGAUGAAAUUGGAAUUCUAUCACCGCAAGGCUUCUGUCAAGGGGUCGGCGAACGUCGCGUUCCAACUGUUCACACCUUGCACGAUGCUGGAACCACCUGUGCUGUCAAUGUCACUAACGUCGUCUUUCCUGCUGGUUCUUAUUGCUUCUACAGGACUGCAAAAGUUUGCCCACCCGGUCUUCCUGAACUGCAGACCAGUGUUUUUGAGGGUCUGGUUCGUUCUUUCCUCCUACAGACCAUGUUUCUUCCCUCACCAGCCUUGAGUGAUGAAAAGGAGUUGUGCUGUCAAUCCGAGGAGUCUCUGGGCGCCAUCGAAUUGCCACUCAACAUAACAGCACCUUUUGCGCUGCCGGCAUUGCAGGCGUCUUGCCAGAGCUUUGUUGGGUUUACAGUGGAUCAGACCAAAGGUUUCUGCGAGUAUACGCCCAUCACUGGUUAG